UUUAUUUUGAUGAGCAUCAUGUGAUGUCUCCAACACAAAAGGCUUAUUUCCACAAGCAACGGUAGAGAUCAAAAGAACUCCACAAUCCGCUCUACUUAAAUAUCUAUAUCUUCAUCCACCAUAAAUCCUGAUCCUAGCACACAUAGUUGUUGUUAUAUAAAUCAGACAAACCUUUGCUUGAAGAAACAGAACACAUCAUCUGUCUUUAAGAGAAAUUAGAUGGCGAGAAGACAACUCUUUCUACUUCAAGUAUUCUUGGUUUUAGCUGUGCUGUCUAUUGUGAUCGCAUCGAUGCCUGUCCUAGUCAUUGCAAGAACUGAUAAACCGAUAGACUGUGAAACCAAGGGACAACAACUGAAUCAGAUUAGCUACCUGAGACGAAAUGAAAUGGAUCCUAAGAUAAGAACAAGGACACGGAGGUUGAUGAAUGUUGUGGAGAUUAACGAUUAUCCAGGAUCAGGGAUACAUGGGCACGAGUAAGCCCAAUGGACUGAAGAAAAUACUCAGGCCCGAAGACAAUAAGACCAUUCAGUGGUCAUCUGGCCAAAAGUGAAAAUUGAACCGUUGAAAAUUGAUGGCCAUUGCGGUUAUAAGUUAAAGUUGUUUCUAACCAAUACAGAGUAAGCAGAGAAAAAGAAAAUCUCAACCAUACGCUAAAAUAAAAUAAAAUAAAAAUGAAA